CUGUCUGGGUGUCAGGCGCGCGCGCGGGAUUUUCAAGCUCCGGACCCCCUGGCCGCCCGGUGACAUGAGCCUCUGGGUGGACAAGUAUCGGCCCUGCUCCCUGGGACGGCUGGACUAUCACAAGGAGCAGGCGGCCCAGCUGCGCAACCUGGUGCAGUGUGGUGACUUUCCUCAUCUGUUAGUGUAUGGACCAUCAGGAGCUGGAAAAAAGACUCGAAUUAUGUGUAUUCUACGUGAACUUUAUGGUGUUGGAGUAGAAAAACUGAGAAUUGAACAUCAAUCCAUCACAACUCCCUCUAAAAAGAAAAUUGAAAUUAGCACUAUUGCAAGCAAUUACCAUCUUGAAGUUAAUCCCAGUGAUGCUGGAAAUAGUGAUCGGGUAGUAAUACAGGAGAUGUUGAAAACAGUAGCACAGUCACAACAACUUGAAACAAAUUCUCAAAGAGAUUUUAAAGUGGUCUUAUUGACAGAGGUUGAUAAACUCACCAAAGAUGCUCAGCAUGCCUUGCGCAGAACCAUGGAAAAGUAUAUGUCCACCUGCAGACUGAUCUUAUGCUGCAAUUCCACAUCAAAAGUGAUCCCACCUAUUCGGAGCAGGUGCUUGGCAGUUCGUGUGCCUGCUCCCAGCAUUGAAGAUAUUUGUCAUGUGUUAUCUGCUGUGUGCAAGAAGGAAGGUCUGACUCUUUCUCCACAGCUAGCUCAAAGAAUUGCAGAGAAGUCCUGCAGAAAUCUCAGAAAAGCCCUACUUAUGUGUGAAGCCUGCAGAGUACAGCAAUAUCCUUUUACUUUAGAUCAAGAAAUCCCUGAAACAGAUUGGGAAGUAUAUCUGAGGGAGACUGCCAAUGCUAUUGUCAGUCAGCAGACUCCACAAAGACUCCUUGAAGUUCGUGGAAGACUUUAUGAACUUCUAACUCACUGUAUUCCUCCUGAAGUAAUAAUGAAGGGCCUUCUCUCAGAACUUCUACAUAAUUGUGAUGGGCAGCUGAAAGGAGAAGUGGCUCAAAUGGCAGCUUUCUAUGAGCAUCGUCUACAGCUGGGUAGCAAAGCCAUUUAUCAUUUGGAAGCAUUUGUGGCUAAAUUUAUGGCACUUUAUAAAAAGUUCAUGGAGGAUGGAUUGGAAGGCAUGAUGUUCUGACACCAGUAAUUUCAAUAUUUCUUAUUAACAUUUAUAAUCAGUUUACGUUCAAAUAGUUGCAGCUAAAAUAAACUAAAAGUGCUUACUCA